AGCAGGGACACGAAACCAGAGACGAGGGGGCGAUGUAUUUAAAAACACGAUGCCGCACAAUAACGAGACCGCUGCUUUCAUUCUUAGUACUAUAAAGUCAGGGCAUGAGGGCAAUAGAGACGCUCUAAAGAGGUGACUUAAGCAAGGAUGUUGUUUACUGAUUGAACGCGAACAGGGACGUCUACGGCACACGUGCCGUUAAUUAAAUUAAAUUGGGUUAUACGCACUUCUUCUGAAAUAUUUUAUGAAUGUCAUAUUGCCCCAGGAAAUGGUGAGACCGCUGUAGCCUCCAUCAUCGCAGCAGCGUCACGUCACAUUUGCCUGUGAUGUUACCCGCUGGACUUCAUUAUUGAUGAAAACAAACGAGGAUCGAAUCCGCGCGCCACUGACGUCCCCAUUAUAGGCUACACAGCAGGUGCAGUGCGUCCUACACCGUUACAGACUACGUGGUUUAGAUUGGAGAAUUAUUUGACUUUAUUGACACAACGUGCAAGCUGGAUCAGAGAACGUGUUUGGUUGAAACUUGGACAUAUCAACCUGAAAGACAUCGAUGAAAUGUCUUCCGCUAUUGAGAGAAAGACGCUCGAGGCCAAUGAGGAGCCAGUUGAUGAGGUCCUCCAGAUUCCCCCAGCCCUGCUGAUGUGUGGUGGCUGCCAGCAGAGCAUUGGGGACCGUUUUUUCCUGAAGGCCAUCGAGCAGUACUGGCACGAAGACUGUCUGAGCUGUGACCUGUGUGGUUGCAGGCUUGGCGAGGUCGGCCGCAGGCUUUACUACAAACUGGGACGCAAGCUGUGUCGUAGAGACUACCUUAGGCUGUUUGGGCAGGACGGGCUGUGUGCGUCCUGUGAGAAGCGGAUCCGGGCGUUUGAGAUGACGAUGCGUGUGAGAGACAAGGUCUACCACCUGGAGUGCUUCAAAUGUGCAGCCUGCCAGAAGCACUUUUGUGUAGGUGACCGCUACCUGCUCAUCAACUCGGACAUUGUCUGUGAGCAGGACAUUUUUGAGUGGACCAAACUCAACAGCAACAUGGUCUGAAGACCGGUUCCCUCAUGGAACCAUCUUAUUGUCUGUCUCUGAAGACUGGUUCCCUCAUGGAACCAUCUUAUCGUCUGUCUCUGUGGUCUGUGGUGUCAUAAGGAUGGUUUCACCAGUGCAGGUGAAAUCAUGAAGGCUCCACAAACAAAAUGGAAAUGCAAAACAAUGCUUUACAUGCAAUAAUUCCUGUUCCUACACAAAUACACUUUUAUAGAGAUUUUAACUAAAUGUAAAAAUUGUUUCUGGAAUUUGUUGUAGUCUAUACACUGUUGUAUAAUCACUCAGAAAUGGGUUUCUGAACUUUUGGGAGUCAUAUUUUUGUAUGUUCUUGGAAAUAACAAUAAAUUGGUUGUCCAAUCAG